GAAGGUGGUCAUCGUCCGUCAUGCCAUGGUGAUCCUGAUAAUGCGAAUAGCAGUCCUUUGAGAGUUUGAAAGACAUAGUCAUAUCUGCUUUGUUUCACUUUUAAAAAAUCGGGUUGCCAUAGUACAGAGCGUGUUUGAUUAUCACCAUGGGUGGAAUCUUGAAUAAUCGCUUUGGAGGCUUUAUCUUCAUGACCCUCCUGUGGUUUACGGCUUUCUUUGGUUCCAUGUUGAUGAUGGGACCUUUAAUACCUCUCAUGUUCAUCAGGCCUCUUGCAUUCAGGUACAUCAAUGAUAAUCUCAUGGCCUUGUGGUUAACAUUACCUGUGCUACUAAAUAUUUUUGGAGUGAAAUGCAGAGUGAGUGGUGACAAACUGAAUAAGUCUGAGACGAGCGUCAUCAUCAUGAAUCAUCGGACGAGACUGGAUUGGAUGUUCUUCUGGAUUCCUCUCUUCUCUCUCAGCUCUGUACGAUCAGAGAAAAUCAUCCUCAAGAAUGAACUCAAAUUUGUACCUGGACCAGGCUGGGCGAUGCAGAUAGCUUCUUAUGUCUUCUUGAGGAGACGCUGGGAACAAGACAAGGCCUGGAUGACUAUGAUGUUAGACUACUUCUGUGAUAUACAAUACAAUGUUCAGUACCUCAUCUUCCCAGAAGGAACUGACUACACUGAUCACAGUAAGGAUAAGAGUGACUCCUAUGCAACUAAAAAUAAUCUACCAAAGUAUGAAUAUGUUCUUCAUCCCCGAACAACAGGCUUCAAACACAUCAUGGAUCAUCUUAGGAAACGUCAAGCCGUGGAUGCCAUCUACGAUGUGACCGUGGCCUAUCCUGACAGGAUACCAGUAGGUGGAGAGCUAGAUAUCUUCAAGGCCAAGCUACCCAACGAGGUCCAUUACCAUGUGAAGCGCUAUGACAUCAGCUCCUUACCACAAGAUACAGACUAUGAAGAAUGGUGUGUGGAGAGAUGGAAAGAGAAGGAGGUAGAACUCAGGGGGUACUACACAGGAGACAAAAAGUUUGUCUCCGGGAACUCGACAGGGGACGGGUUGGAUGGUAAGAUUGUUCCCGGGAUGUACAGGACUCUCUUUGUUGCUUUGAUCUAUUGGGUCUUAUUCAUACUGUUCAUGGUUUGUUUGUUGGUUUACACGUCCAUUGCUUGGUGGCAUAUGCUUGCCGUUGGGUUAUUCUUCACUGGUACUUCAGUGUUUUAUGGAGGUGUGGAGAAACUGGCCAUUGAUGCAUAUUACUGGCAUGUGGGAUGGAUGCAGCCAGCAGAUAAGUCUUCAUAGUAAACUGUAUGGAGGGUGUGGGUACAGAUUAUUCACGUUUACAUCCAGAGAGAAACAUUGACAGCACAAAGUCUGGAAGGUGGUUGCACAAAAGGUUAUAUCUUUCUGAUAAUUAGGGAAAUAUAUUACAAGGAAUACACCACUUGGUGGACAAAGUGGAGGUGUAAUGGGAAUUGUUUAUUGUUACUUAUCAAUUUAUACAGUUAUUAAAACUAAUAUUGAUGUAUUGAUUCAUAUACUGUCAUCUACAUGUUUGUUUUCACAUCAUGUUCCACAAUGUGCUGGUGUUCACAAAGAGCAAAAAUUAUUUCAUAAUGAAAUAAGAUCAUGUAGUUUAAUAGCAGAAUGCUGUGUCAGAUAGAAACCUUGGACCUGUAAUAAACACCCGCAUCUGGUCUAAUGGUGUUAACAAUUAACUUUCAAUUAUCCGAGAUCUGGCCAAUUGAGGCAGGCAUGCUCUCAACAUUGUUAUUUGGACACUGAUGAAUGCCUAUUCUGAUUCAUAAGAUUAUUAAGAUUAUAGAUAGGGGAAAGACGAAUGGUGAUUGGCCAGAUGUGUCCCUGUGUUAAAAAGAUUUGGUCUUUCAUGCACCUUUAUUUUACAAAGCUACUGACUAAAGCAUUGUUUCUUGAAACAUGUAAAGAUUACCUUGAUUCAUUGAUUGAGAGCUUUAAAUACGGGUUAUUUAUAACUUAAAACAUGUAUUAUGUUGCAGAUGCUGAGUAUAUUCAGUAUUGUGCCUUUGUUUUGGGUACAUUUUAUUAUUUUACCCUUUAAAAUGUUGGUUGAUUUUAUGAUUAGUAAUUAUCAUAUUUCUGCUGCAUGGUUUGCAUGAAAUUUGAAUUGUUAAUUUUUUCUUUUAUACAAGGUCACAACCAAAGAUAUACAUCUCAUUAAGAAAACUUCAUUUAACCUCCAGUUAUAUUUUUUACAAUUUUUAGUAUUUUUUAUAAUUUUCGCGUCUUUAAUCAGUUUUAGCAUUAUGUUUGGUGUUUGUAUGUACAGUGCAUUGUGAAUAGUUAAAUGUAACUAAUAGUGGUAGUGAUAUGGUUUGAUGUACCUGUAACGGAAUGUGAUAAUGAUUUGGUAAACUGGUUGAUUACUCCUGAGAGUGUGAUAUAUAUGCAUCCUCUUUAACAAAAUAACACAUUAAGACUUUUACAUCUUUCGCAGAGUCAGAAGUUUGGAUUUAGUGAUAUGCAAAAUGAUUUUCAUGUACAAAGUAUGAUUUCAAGAUUACGCACUAGUAAGCAAAAAUUGAUCCCCUGUUCCUUACCAAAGAAAAUAAAAGGACAACAUUGAAUGUCCUGCCAGAAUCAUUAAUUGCUGGUUUGAUAAAACAACUGUAUCAUGUAAUCAUUAAUGUGACAACCUACUGAAAUAAUUUACAAAGCAGUAGUUGCAGAACACCUGUUCAGUACUAUAAAUCAAACUCUCAUCUGUGAAGGUUGUCUUUUAUUGUGAAGAUAUAUUAAUGAAAUAAAUCUGAUUUGUUGGUUCAGGUUGAUGUAUUGAAGUAAAUAUGUACUAUUAUUUGCAGCUAGAGGUGUCAAAUUAAAACAAAGAAGACUAUUGAUAGUGAAAUAACAAUUAAUGAUGUGUAUGUACAUGUGUUAGAUAUUUUAACAGAUGCUCUUCAUGUGUUUCCAUUUCAGACAGUAAUGUUUUGGUGUAAUGCAUAUCAACGUUAAUGUAGAAGGGCUCUUGAAAACGAAGUGAUUUUAAUACCCUACUUCAGAUAUAAAGAACUUGUUUACUUUGUAUUUCAAAACUAAUGAAACUGUUAGUGUUCUGUGCACAACUCAAGGUGUAUUGUUCAUGUUGUUGCAUUUCUAUUUCAUGCUCAUUUUGAUGCAAGUUUGUUGUGGGUUGUUUUCCUAAUGAUUUGUUCUAAUUGUUUAAGGUUUGCUUGUAGAUAUCCAAUCUCAAAGAGAGGGUUCUGUAGCCUUUAACAAUAGGGACUUUUUGAUUUGCACGAUGAAAACGUGGACUGCAACGUGUGACAUCCUUUUAAGGCACUCCCAGUGCCUUAAAAGGACGUCACACGUGACUGCCAGUGCCUUAAAAGGAAGUCACACAUCCACAUCCACGCAAAUGGAAAAGUCCCUAUUGUAACUGUUAAGACGUGUAGAAGGUAAUCAAUAACAUCAGUGCUCUUUACGACUUCAGGAGCUAACAAGCACAUGCAUUUAACCAAAGAAGCCAAGAGCCAUAACAACUCAAAUGUACAUUUAUUUGUAGAAACAUAUGGUAGUUCUUUUGGAGAUGCCAGUGGUAAUGGAAGUUAUAAACUGUAGAAGAUAAAAAGCAUUUAUCUACAUAUAGAAACAUAGGUCUUGUGUAGAUGGAAUUGACCAUGCAUAGAAGCAUAUAUAGGUGAGUAUUUACAUGUAGAAAUGUAAUUCUUACUAGAGAUGUGAUUCGUUUUGGUGCUAUGAAUAGCCAUUGACUAUGCCAAUUUCUUUCAUGAAGCAUUGCUUAUCUCAGCUAUACAUCAUUUUCCUCUUCCAGAACCAGGAACAGAUUUACGCUGAAAUCUUUUUAUGUAAGAAAAGAAUAUGGUGUUUGUUGAAUAGGGAUGAUGCAAUUUGAACCAAUAUGCCAGAUUGUAGCAGCAAGGAUGUGCAAUAAACUUACAAAUUAGCAGAGGAAUCGGUAGUUGCAUUCUUAAUUGCAGGCAUAGUCCAUGUCCUUGUAUGACAUACAGUAUUAUAGUGAGUUUUUUCUUGAUCUUUGGUUGAGAAAUUUUCACAAACUUAUGCCAAAUGUUUGAUUUUGGGGGGUCAUUUUGAACCACAUUUAAAAUACAAAGCUUUUCAUUUCGUCAUCAAUUGCAAAUGAUUUAAUCUUUAGGUCUGGAAAUUCUCUUAAAAUUGGGUGAUAUAAGGUUUUUAUGUAUCGAUUUGAGACUUUGAUAGCAAUCUCUUAGGUUCUAUUCUAUUUGUGUAUAAGCUGAUGUUUUUGUGUACAGAUGUUUUUGUGAAUAACUGGGACACAGAUUUUCAGGAGUUAUUUUGUUCAUGAUGAUUAACAUGAGCUAGUUAUGUAACAUCCAGAUGAUCCAGUCAUACGCCAUGCAUGAUCUCCAUUGUGCACAUUUGCUUUCAGAAACAUAUUUCUUCCAUAAAAACUGGUUUCAAAUUUAAGCUCUAGUCGCCAGCAAUGAGGAUGAUAUCUAAUAUUAUGAGUAAAUCUUCUUUAAAGGUUUAAUCUUCUGAUAAUCUCAAAAACUUUGAUUCAUAAUGCAUGUCAGCAUUCAGCAUUUCAUUGUUACUACACUUUCUUGGUAUUCAUGAAGUUUUAUGGUUACCUAUUUGUGACAGAUUUAAGGUUCUUCCUGUUCUUUUUGACACUAUAAUGCCUCAUUUUUAGAUCUGGAUGUAUGGUGGGAUAUUACUGAAGUCUUGAAAUGAUAAAAAAAUUAGGAAAACAAAUUCAAAGAACUUUUUUUCUGUUGUAUUAGCUAGUUGUUCAUACUCACUAUGAAGUUAUCUUUCUUCCUUUCCUGAGAUGUUUGAUUGUUUGAUAUUUGUGUUAUGAAUAUCACAUUAAAAUAUAUUUAUAUGGAUUAUUUGA